AUGCUGUCUGCGGGGUUUAUUCCUUUGUCAGACCGAGUGUACCUGCGCAAUGGCAGAAAGAAAUCCAAAACGACCGGGACAGUCGAGCCAACAACAAUCAUCAUUUUCGGCUGGGGUGACGGUAUGCCGAAGCAUGUCUCAAAAUACGCCGAUGGCUUCCAUGAUCUAUACCCGUCCGCUCGGAUUCUUGUUGUGUUGUCAAGCACCUUACAGGCUCUAAGCCAACCUGUUGAAGAGCGGAUACAGGACAUGAUGCCAGUCAUUGAUACCGUGUUCCCUACUGCCACAGGAGAUGGCAAAAGUGAAGAGCGAGUUCUCCUGCAUUCUAUGUCAAACACUGGCGGGAUCUUCUUGGCUGCGGCCUUUACAGCCUACCAAAAACGCCAUGGCGCGGACAAUAGAUUCCCCCACAAGCUUCUCAUUUGUGAUUCAACGCCCGGUGGGCUUUCUCUCUCCAGACAAGCCGGCCGUUGGUCGCGGGCUAUGGCUGUGGGCACAUCCAAGUUCUUCCCGUGGCCGUUUAUUGUCACGCAAGCCUUGUGGUUUGUUUUACUCUGGGUUCACUACAUACUGGAGCGGCUGCGCGGACUUGAGCCUUCUGGAGUAUGGGCUGAUCGGGUAAUGAAUGAUGAGUCAGUCACAACUCGAGAGUCCAGCCGGCUGUACUUGUAUUCCAAGGAAGACGAGAUUAUAGGAUUCGAGGACCUCGAAGAAAAUGUCGCCCAAGUUAAAACCCUGGGCUACCAGGCGGUUGACCUCGAGUUGUUCGAGGCCUCACCGCAUGUUGGCCAUAUGAAGCUCCAUCCACAGCAGUACUGGGGGAAGAUCUCAGAGUGCUGGAAAGCGGCCAUAGCCAGGAAAUGA